AUGGCCUGGUUCGAAUGCCAUCGGCCCGAAACUCAAAGACGCCAUUCGCGUAUGAUGCGGGCUUGCACGUGCAUACAUAAUGUGUGUGUUCGCCGUGUGGUCUGCAUGGUACAAUCUUUGUGGCUAGAAGAGAAAAAUAAACAAUUGAUUGUGCAAUUAGCUAAACAAUUGAAUAAUAGAAGCGAUAGUGCACGAACGUGUAACACAUGUGAACAACAAAGCAAUAACGGUAAAGGUCGUUUGCAGCGUAUUGAAAGUGUAAACAGCGCAAGUAUUCUUUCAGGUGAUAACGUUGACAACUGCGCUAGUAAAAAAUCUUGGGCCGACAGAACCGCUAAACGCCACACGUCGCAAAGUAAGUCGUGUGAUGAAAUUGUCGGCGACGAUGGUUUUCAAGUGGUGAGAAGUAAGAAACGAAAAAAUCGUCAACCUCUCCACAACUGGCAUCCCCAAAACCUGCGUCAAAACCAGCUUCAAAACAAAUGA